AUGUCUUCUCAGCAGAAUUACAGCCAGCCCCCUCCCCCACCUCAGGCGUACGUACGCUGGCUAUCCUCCCCAGAGUGGAUAUUACCCCUCCCCGGGCCCUCCACCUCCCGUGCGUCUUCCUUCCCCAGUGGCCAAGCUGGCGCGCCGGCAUGGCUAACUCCUCUUAUAUCCACAGAUGCAAUAUCAGCAACCGCCUCCGCAGGUUUCGCCAUCCCAGGAGAAGGGUCGUGA